AUGUCGUACAAUCCCGUUGCGUUGAACUUGCCAAAGCCUAGUGCUGUCGAGCUGGGCAAUGGCUACGGAGGCAGUCGCGCUGUCAGCAGCGGUACCAUCAGCGCCGGCACGAAAGUACUUUCAACCGCAGCUCCUGCAGCGUCGUCAUCGAGCGCAGGCGUUGCCACAGAACUGCCUUCGGCACGCUUGCAACGCAUUCUACCUUGGACAUUCAUCGGCAUCGGCAGUCUGAUAGGGCUCUUGCUGCUUUGCAUCGGCGUUUGGCGAAUUGUGAAGAGCCAACGGCCGCGACCAUCGGCAUCAGAAGAGUUGGCUGGAAGCGGGGACAAGCCAGACCAGUCUGCGCCGGAAAAUCGCAUGUCUAAGCAUUUGAAACCUUGA